UUUAAUGACAUAGUUUUCAGUUUAGAUUUUAAACAAAGUUCAUAGGUGUAUAUAUUUAUGUAAAACUUGAAGCAAUGGAGUUAAAUGCAUGUGAAGUUGGUGGGAAGACACUUAAGUUCAAGGCUUGUGGUGAAUCAAUAUUAAUACCAGGCUGUAUUUUGUACUCAAGAGGAGGAACAAUUCCUCACUUGACUGCUGAAAAUAUGAGUACUGUUUCCUGUGAAAACAAUUUAUGGCAUGUACCUUUAGAAACAGUAUUUGAACAACCUGGUCUGGAUGUAAUGGAGAAAUAUGGUAAAUCCUUCCAUGAAUUUAUCUCUGAAAAGAAAAAGACAUUGCUGUUAAACACCAGUGAUACUUACUUAGGUAGACCUGAAAUAUAUUCUUAUAAUGAAGAAAAAUCAGUAUCGAUAUGGGCUCCUGGUGGAAGACGAAAGGUGACUCCUGACGACUACAUGAAGUAUUUAGAAACUUUUGGUUUCGAUGUUUGCAUUCCACCGUCUGAUACUGUACCAGAAUGCAGUUCAAAAAAGAGAACUCGCAAAUCAUUUGACAGAACAAUACGUUUUCUUGAUAGGUGUCUUCAAAUCAAAAAAGAGAAAAAUUUGAAUGUUCCAGUUCUUGGGGUUAUUGAAGGUGGUGAUAGCAAAUUUGAACGUGAAAAGUGUGCAAAAGAAGUUUUCUCAAGAAAUGUAGAUGGUUAUGUCAUAUCCGGAUUUGAUAGAAUCCCAUCCAAAUACAAAGAAAUGUUGCAAUUGUGCAUGAACGAACUAAAAGACAACAAAGUGAAAAUAAUGUUUGGUAUUUUGACACCAGUUGAAGUAGUGACGGCUGUGGAAUUAGGGGUGGAUGUAUUCGAUUCAGUAAUUUCUUAUUACGCAUCUGAAAGAGGCUGUGCUCUCAACUUCGUGUACACCCAAGACAAAUUGCGUCAUCGAAUGGAGAAAAGUACGUCCGCCGAAACGACAAGUUGUGAAAGUAAUGAAGAGAGUUUAGCUAAAGAUCGGAAAAAUAUAGAUUCAUUUGAAAUGAAUUUAAACGAUAAAAUAUAUUUCGACGACACUCGUUCAUUAGUUGAAGGAUGUCAGUGUUAUUGCUGUCAGCGAUAUGUCCGCGCGUAUGUACACCAUCUGUUAGUGACAAAAGAAAUGUUGGCGCAAGUUUUGCUCAUGAUGCACAAUCUACAUCACUGGUUGGAUUUCUUUAAAGAGAUCAGAGAAAGCGUAAAGAAAGGUAAACUGGCGGAACUAAAAGAUAUACUUCUUAAUAACAGCUGACGAAACAAGCGAGCCAACAACAUUGCAGCAUGCAGUAUCGGAAAGAUCUUGAUGAAUAAUUGUAUGACGGAUUUUUUUUGUCCGUAUUUCAAUUUUUUUUAAUAUUAUCUAAAGCAU